AUGGGAGCCCCACAAAAGGAAGAGGACAGUCCGACUCCGCAGACACAGCAAGGUGCAGCAGCAGCAGCAGCAGCAGCAGGCGCGGAGCCUGUGCUGCAGGAUGAAAGUCUCAAAUAUAGAAGCAACAGACGUGCUGCUGCUGCUGCUGACUGUGCACGGACAAAUAUAAAGCAGCAGCAGCAGCAGCAGCAGCAACAGCAGCAGCAGCAGCUGCUGCUGCUGUUGCUGAUGCUGGCGUCUCUGCGAUACAGUGCUUCCACAGAUGAAGACAGCACGCAGCCAUCCAGGGAGCAGCUGACUAGCCGCAGCGCGUCCGAGCUGCAGCACAUGCGCUCUCGGUGCUGCGUGCAUGCAGCAGCAGCAGCAGCAGCAGCAGCAGCGGCAGCAGCAGCAGCGGCAGCAGCAGCAGCGGCAGCAGCGGCAGCAGCAAACGGCCCGAACGCCAACAGCAGCGCCAGCGGGGCAACAGCGCCGCGCCAGAAGCCGCAGCAGCAACAGAGCCACAGCCACAGCCUCGUCACCAGCAGCAGCAGCAGCAACAGAGCCACAGCCACAGCCUCGUCACCAGCAGCAGCAGCAGCAACAGCAGCAGCAGCAGCAGCAGCAGCAGCAGCAGCAGCAACGGACCGUAGACCCGAAAUGAGCUGCUUGUGGCAGUGCUGCUUGUGGGGUAAUUCCGGCAGCGGCGCUGUGGGGAAACGGACGUCCCAAGUGUGCACGCGUUUGUCUCCAGCUGUACAGACACCCCAAGCAGCAGCAGCAGCAGCAGCAGCAGCAGCAGCAGCAGCAGCAGUGAUGAUCAGACGCGCAAUUGACUGUGCACCUAUGUUGUGCCUUGGCCUUGACUGUAGAAGCAGCAGCAGCAGCAGCAGCAGCAGCAGCAGCGAAAGUAGCAGCAGCACCAAUAAAUCCCGUAGCAGCAGACCUACUAUAGCAACAGCAGCAGCAGCGCCAAAAACAGCAAGUGCUCCAAUGCAGCAGCAGCAGCAGCAGCAAUCGAAGCAGCAGCAGCAGCAACAGCAACUGUGCGAAUUACUGCGUAUUGUGUGGGGCAGCAGCGGUGCUGCUGCUGCAUGCAGCGCAGCUACCCAGUCUUCGUGCUGCAGCGCCAGCGCGGGCCUCCGCGGGGCCCUGCAGUCGAAGCCUAGGGCCAUCAGGUCCUGCAGCAGCAGCAGCAGCAGCAGCAGCAACAGCAGCAGCAGCAGCAGCCGCAUCAGCAGCAGCAGCAGCCGUGUCAGCAGCAGCAGCAGCCGUGUCAGCAGCAGCAGAGCCGCAAGCAGCUCCUUAACGUGCAGUGGUGUCAGCAGCACCAACUGCAUCACGGUCAGCAGCAGCAGCAGCAGCAGCAGCAUAUCAGCAGCAGCAGCAGCAGCAUAUCAGCAGCAGCAGCAGCAGCAGGAACAGCAAAGAACUGCCAGUAGUGGCAGUGGCAGCAGCAACGAAGACGCAUAG